UCGAACGAGCAAAAUGGAAAGAACCAAAGAAGUUACAUAUUACACGAAUACCAAGAAAGCGAUUAAGUGGAGUAGAAGAUUACUCGGAUUUUCCGGAGUGUGGCCAUUGGAAAUUCGGGACUCCUUGUUUCUACCAUUUCUAUUCUACGGAUGUGUUUACAGUUUUUUAGGACUUCUAGAUUUGAUCGAAUACAUCAAAGAUAUCCGUUACGCAAUGACAAACGUUAUGGAGAACAUGUUGGUAGUAAUGACAAUGACGAAAUUUGGGGUGUGCCGAAUGAAAUAUCGGUCUUUGUCAAGAUUUUUAACAGAAACGGAUGACGAUUAUAUCGUCGAUAAUUAUAAAACUAAAGAGGAGAGAUUGAUAUUUACGAAAUAUAAUAAAUUUUCCUACAUAUUUGUCAUGACUGCGUUCCCAGCGAUGACUUUCUUAACUCUAUUGUAUUAUUUUAAAAAUGUCAUACCGAAUGUUCUUAAAGUUAUGGCGAAUUCUUCAUUGGAAUAUAAAUUACCUUAUAAAAUAAAGCCGUUAUUGAAGCCAUACGAUGUAAAAAGUUAUAUAUUUGGCUGCAUACAUGAAUUUUUUCGUGUAGUAAUAAUACUUUCCGCUUACAUUGGAACUGAUUGUUUAUUGGCUUCUACCGGAUUUCAUCUUACCGGUCAAUUGGCUAUAUUGAGGAUCAGAGUGAGGGAUGUUUUAAAUGAUACCGAUGGUUGUCGGCAGGGAAUUCGAAAAAUGAUUCUUCGACACCAUCGUUUGAUAAGAUUAGCGGAUAUAUUAGAAGAUAGUUUUAAUAUCGUUAUUGGUCAACAUUUAUUUGGGACAACCAUACAGCUUUGUAUAUCGUGUUAUCAAAUGCUGUCCAGUUUAGCGGUAUUAGAAGGAGUUGGUAUAUUAACAUUCGUUAUAUACGUUUCCAUUUUGUCGGGCACAUUGUUCACUUAUUGUUACAUCGGUGAAUGUCUCAUCGAGGAAAGUACUAGCUUAUGCGAAGCACUUUAUCAUUGCGGCUGGUACGAGCUCUCGACGAUCGAAAUGAAAUCGAUUUGCAUUUGCAUGAUGCGUGCUAGGAAGCCACUGCAAUUGACUUGUUUAAAGUUUUGCGUUGUGUCCUUGCGUACUUUUACUGAUAUAGUAAAGUCAUCCAUGGCUUACUUAUCAGUUUUACGAACGUUUAUGUAAACAGAAUUGUGACAAAUAAACUUGAAUAUUUAUUACUGGGAUAUUGUUGAUGACAUUUUGAUAAAAAUUUUGAAUAUACUGCAUGUAAUAAGUUUGCAUACAAUCACGUUAUUAAGAUAAGUAUUGACAAAAUAAAUAUUAUGGAAGAUAUAUUUGUUAUUUAUGUGAAAAUACUUGACUCAAAUUUUAACUUUUAAACAAAGUUCUCAAUAUUGUUAAUUUAUUAAAAAUUUGUAUACAUUUGCACACAAAUUCUAAGGUACAUGCGAAUGCGUAUG